GCCUGCGCCAUUACAAUAUUCUGCCUGCGCGCUCAAGUUGCACCUCACACGAUCUCUUCCAUCUCGCUGUUCCUUCACCAAAUCUCCUGAUAAUCGUCAGAGUAUUGCAUUGGAAGUACGCAUAAGAUCUUACGGCCAGAUCUUGCUUGGUGUUGAGCAGCGUACAUUGUACUUUAUCACCUAGUUUGGGCUCACGCGCCGUCUUCCUACCCUACUAGCAGUGUAAACAGUCCAAGCGGUGGACACCCACGCCUCGGCGCAUUUAUUAGGCAGCUCGCCGACGGGACCUUGCCCCUGCUCCAGGCCUGCGACAUCCACAGGCUACUACCAAUUUGCACUGGCACUGCUGAACUGGUGGCAGGACUGGCCGCUAAAUCUGGAACUGCAGACCCUCUUGUGCCCUGUGCUUUUCCACGAGAGCAGCUGUGGCAGCACCUACGCAAAGAGCAGAGAUCAGAUAACCCGGGCACCUAGCGCAGUGCCAGGAUUCAGGGAGGGCUGCUUGCUUCUUUCAGCCCGUUUCGUGCCACACCACACCGUGAUCCGACUUCUCACGUCGGUCUGUCAAGAUUGUCGCCGCACUCGAUUCUGCAUGCACGUCAUCUCCACGAACAUCAAGCCUUCGCCGUAGCACUCGAGGGCGCAAUCACCGGCGGUGCGCAAAGGUCGUUGUGAUCACAAUCUCGUCCAUUGUGUCCUGCUCUCAUCGCUGGGGCGCUUGUCGCGACCUAUCCACCGUCUUUCCUGGCCCGGCGACACCUGCAAAUCGCCUCGAACCCACCCCGCGCCACCUGUUCUGUAUCACCAAAAGCCAACAUCGCCUGCGCACCUCGCCGUUUCCGAUCAGAGUCAGCAAACGGGUCCGGCUUUGCUCGUUUGCUGAUGUCCAUUCGUUGUUCCCACACCCCCCGUCAUGGCAAUGCCUGCGCCGCUUGCCAACGAAAAAAAGCGAGUCAAGGUGUAUGAGCUGCGCGAGAAUGACUGGUUUGAUAGAGGCACCGGGUUUUGCACAGGGCAGAUCAUCAAUGAUGAACCAAGGAUAUACGUCGAGUCGGAAGACCACCCUGAGCGCAUGCUGCUCGAGACCAGGAUCCUUAAGGAGGAUGGAUAUCAAAAGCAGCAAGAUACUCUGAUCGUCUGGACGGAGAACAAUGGCACUGACAAUAGUUGUGACAUGGCCCUCAGCUUUCAGGAGGCUGAGGGCUGCGCAGUGAUAUGGGAAUUCGUCCAGCAAGUGCAACAGCAGUUGCUUUCUCUUCCAGACGAUGGACUUUCAGAUGAUGCGCUCGACCACAUAUCCACUUCUUUCACGCUCAACCCUCCCGAGUUGAGCAAUCUUGACGAGAUCGAGGCGAACAUAAGGCAGGCGAGCCUCACGCAAGGUGGUCGCGAAGCGCUGGCGAAGUUCUUAAUAAAAGAAGAAUACCUACUAAAACUAAUACCCUUGGUGGAGAUGGCGGAGGAUCUUGAGAGUCUGCCUGACUUACAUCGACUCUGCAAUAUCAUGAAAGCCUUGAUCCUGAUGAACGACAACACAAUCAUAGAGCACUUGGUCACCGACGAGAUUAUCAUCGGAGUGGUUGGCGCGCUCGAGUACGACCCCGACUUUCCUACCCACAAAGCCAAUCAUCGGCAGUACCUCUCGGACGAGUCGCGGUAUAAAGAGGUUGUUGAGAUCAAAGACCAGAACAUCAAGCGGAAGAUCAGACAGACAUGGAGGCUGCAAUAUCUUAAGGACGUUGUGCUGGCACGAAUCCUGGAUGACCCCACGUUUGGCGUCCUCAACUCCCUCAUUUUCUUCAACCAAGUUGACAUUGUACAACAUCUACAAAACAACACUGCUUUUUUGAAGGAGCUUUUUGCGAUAUUCAGUCCUGACAAUACCGACUUAAAGCGAAAAGAACAAGCUGUACAAUUCCUGCAGCAAUGUACCGCGGUCGCCAAAACUCUGCAGAUGCAGGCACGUGCAAAUCUCCUGAACAAUUUCAUUGCUCAUGGCCUGUUUGCCGUCAUCACCUUUGCGGUGAAGCACCCUGAGCCGGCCAUGCGAACCACGGGGGUCGAAAUCCUCGUCGCCCUCCUUGACCAUGACCCCAACAUGAUGAGGGGCUACAUGCUCAAAGCCGUCCACGAAAAGAAGACUCCGUUAACAGACACUUUGAUCGACCUGCUGCAUGCCGAGACAGACCUUGGUGUCAAGAACCAGUUGGCAGAUGCCAUCAAGAUUCUCCUGGAUCCUCAACCUCCCUCUAAUGACCCCAUGGGUAACCGGCAGAGCUCGGAGUUCAUGACCAAGCUGUCACGACCACCGCACAUAACCCAGGCUCAGCAACAGAACGAGCAAUUUGCCCAGGAUAAUUUCGAUCGAUCAUGUCGAAAACUCUUCGCACCUUUGAAAGCGCUUGGAUCUCGAGAGUCGAUGCAGAACUUUUCGUACCAAGAAGUGUCCUUGUUCUCUUACCUGGUGGAGAUUUUGACCUUUUUUGUCCGGCAACAUCCGAUACGAAGUCGACCUUUUGUAAUAUCAGAAAACCUGGCUGUGCGCGUAGCUCAACUGCUGUUAGUGUCGCAAAAGCCACUGAAGCUGACAGCCUUGAAAUUCUUCCGUACAGCCAUCGCCUUGCAGGAUCAGUUUUACAUUGCUCAGGUCAUCAAAAGUGAUGCCUUUGAAGCCAUUUUGAACAUCGUCCUCGACACCAUGCCUAGGGAUAACCUCCUGAAUUCGGCGUGUCUGGAGCUGUUUGAAUACAUUCGGAAGGAAACGAUCAAACCAAUAAUUCAUCACCUCGGGGAGAUUUAUCGGCCAAAGCUUCAGGAACUUAGCUACAUCGACUCUUUCCAACACCUUCUGAUCCGGUAUGAGCAGCUGACGCACGACCGUCCUGCUCCAGAGCACACUCUCUUUAGCCAGGGUGACGCAACCCCGCCGACGCAUCGUCCAAGCUUGGGUGGUAGGUGGCGCGGGAUCGCAGACAUGGACGCCAGCGAAGAGGAUUACUUCAAUACGUCGGAUGAUGAGGAGGACGAUCAUGAUGGAGGCAUGGAGCAGGAGUCUAGCAAGGAUGUUUCCGACCGAAUGCAGUGGCAUCGUAGGAGGAUGAAGGUCGAACUGAUGAACGGCGGAGCUUCUCCCAUCAGUAAACCACUGGUGGAUUAUCCUGAUGAUGACGAAGAUGAAACCAUGGAUGUCAAAGCUGCAGCAACACCGGAAACGCCUCUGACGCCGGACAGUGGCAAGGAAACCUCACCCCCAGAGGUCAAGUCUGCCGCACAAAAGAUGUUGCAACCAUCACCCGACAUUAAGUCCACUGGCGAGCCGGAUUUGCAGCAGCCUCCCGAGCGAAUUAGCGAAAAGCGACGAAGACAAGAAGAAGACGAUGACGAUGAAUUAGGCAAGUUGUCUGGCGGUUCGAAACGGAGGAAUUCGUCUUCGAGUGUUUCGAGUGUUGCCUCUCAUGGGUCUUUGCGGAGAAAAAAGGGGUUUUUGAGAUCGAAACAGGCCGAGGAGCCGGCCACCCUUCCCAGCAGCGUCGACACGGAAAAUCGAGUCGGUGUGCAGAAGCCGAAGAAGAUUGCGAUCAGUAUCUCAAAUGUCACGAACCAAGAUGAUGAUUCUGCCACGCAGCAGGCUCAGAGCGAGCAAUCUGCAACGAUCAGCGAACAGGGGUAGAGCAAUUUGGGGAAAGCAGGACAUGUUUUGGCUUCAGCAAUGAUGUGGAAUGUGUCCAUGCUUAUGCUAUGUACGAUAUUGCAAGUUGUCUCCAAGAGAGGACAAUCAGCGGGACAAAGGAUGUGGGUUUGCCUGGCACAGCAUUCAGGCAGUGAUUACACCGAGGAAGUUUGGUCUAUGCCGGGCGAGCACAGAUUGUGCUUGUGCUCCUAACUGGCGAACUCCAGGAACAGCUCUGAAAGAUGGAGCUCUUUCAAGCGGUGGUUUCCAUGACGGCCCAAGUCCUGGAUAGGGAUGAUUGACAACCCAAGCACGAGGCUGUUCAAGAGAACAAUGACAGCUAAUAUUGUUGCCGAAGGCGGGCUAAGAUAACGCCCAUCAAUGACCUCAGGCGUGGCGCAUCAUUGGAAUGUCUGACGAGCAGCUCAGAAGAGCCCAUGUCCGGCAGUAGUUGACCGUGUACGAAGUACCAAAUUCCAGUGAUCUGUGUGGUGGCGGUGGUGUUGGCGGCUUGGAGCGGACCAGAUGGAUUUCUAGCCUCGUCAAACCAAAUGACUUGAGUCUGCGCAGAUGCAUGUGGAGUUUCAGUUGUAAACAGGUUAUGGGAGAUGUUGCCCCUUUCUUCAGCCUCGUCAGCAAACUCAGAAGUUUGCACGUAUUGCUACUGUUGUUUACAAUGCAGUCUGAAAGUAUGGACCAAACAUGCCAAGG